UUUUGUGAUUUAUUCGGCUACUUAAACUCUUCUUGUGGUUCUCUGAAACAUUUAAUUUGGGUGUCGCGGCUUAAAAAAAGCGUUUUAACGAAGACAAAAGUCAGGAUGUUAGCCGUUAGCUCGACGGGAUGCUAGCUGUUAAAGCGCUUGUGGCUGAGGACGGCUGCUCGCUCCUUCUCCUUCAAACCGAAACUAUCCAAUAACGUUAACUUAAGACGUUAUCUACACUUCGAGAUGAAGUCUUCCUGAACAAACCCCCCAAAAUGGCGCAUCUCUGACAUUUUAUUUUUACCCUUUUAAAGUCUUCAGUUGUUAUAUAAUUUGCAACAUUUCUGAGGAAAAGCAUCACCACAAUGACAGUCACUUACAACCUUUGUGCCCUCCUAGCUUUCACCAUAACAGCGUUCAGUCGUUUGGAGCCGGCUCUCAGCUUUGCCCGCUGCGGACAUUCCCCCCAAAUCUUAGACAGCAAAGUGGGAGAGAUCAGGAGUUCUGCUUACCACAGCUGGUCGUACCGCUUCGGCGCUACCUACGACUGCUGGAUCAUCAAGGGCUCAGAAGACGAACCAAUCGUUCUUAGCUUUUCCCAGUUUUCAGCCCGGUGUAGGAAGGAAUGGGUGUCUAUAAAAUCAUCCGCUGGCGGCGAGCCGUUUGUCCUUUGUGGCUCCAAGUUGCCGCAACCAAUGGAGUUUCCAGGGGGGAAUAUCACAGUGGUGCACCACUUCCUCCCGCAUCAGUUUCCUGUGUCGUCUUUCCUGUUGAGCUACGCCAGAGACUCUGGUGAAUGCCCAGUAACGUCCUUUGAGUGCCUGGGCGGACGCUGCAUUCCUCUCUCCUGGCGCUGUAACGGCCAGGUGGAGUGUCUCAGUGAAGGUGCAGGCCUCGGCACAGAUGAAAAGGGCUGUUACCCCGAAGAGGAGACCCCAGAACCCCCAAAGUACGGCAGCACGCAAUCAGAAGAGGCCAAAGUAGAGGCGUACACAGAGAAGAACUACUACAGGGACUUUGAGAGACAACAUGUCGCAGAUUCAGAGUCUGAUCAGUGGCCGCUGAUGAAACCGAUUGAGGAGGACGCCAAUCUGGAUCAGGAGCCUCAGAGUCGCAGGGAGCCCGUUGUGACGCCCACUCCCAUCGAGUGGCCCUGCGGAGGGCUCCUCCAGACCUUCUAUGGCACCUUCUCCCCUCCAGCCAUCCGGGGCCCUGCGAUGCUCUGUGUGUGGACUCUGGACCCUCAGGACUCGAGGCCGCUGAGACUGGACCUGCAGCAGCUGGUGCUGGGACCCGGGGACAGACUCACCGUCUACAACAGAGAGCAAGGCAAAGGAGACGUGAUAAAAAUAAUCACCAGCGCCUCCAAUUACAAAUCUGUCCAAGUUGAAUCCCACACCGGCCUGUUGUCGAUGACAUACAAGACUCUCCCUGGCUCGGAGGGGAGCGGCUUCAACGCCACGUUCCACGUUGGGACCUACUGCCCGCCGUGGGAGGGCCGGUGUGGCGGAGCGGCUGGAGGUUGCUUUACCCAGGAGCAGCGCUGUGACGGGAAAUGGGACUGUCCUGAGACGGGGAAGGACGAGGAGGGUUGCAGGGGCUGCAGUCCGAGCCAGUUUGCCUGCGGAGUGGCAGGGCAGAGACCGGUGGCGUCCAGUCACUUUGCUGGCAGGCCGGUGUGCUACCCGGUCACGGAGAGGUGCAACUACCAGCUGUACUGUGCUGACGGCAGCGAUGAGAGGGACUGCACCGUGUGUCAGCCAGGGACCUUUCAUUGUGACAGCGACAGGUGUGUGUUCGAGAGCUGGCGCUGUGACGGCCAGGUGGACUGUAAGGACGGAACAGACGAGCUAAACUGCACCGUCAUCCUGCCCCGCAAGGUCAUCACCGCGGCAACGGUGGGCAGCCUGGUCUGUGGGCUCCUGCUGGUGAUCGCCAUGGGCUGCACCUGUAAACUCUACUCGCUCAGGACCCGGGAGUACAGUUUGUUUGCACCAAUCAGCCGCCAAGAAGCGGAGCUGAUCCAGCAGCAGGCUCCUCCCUCCUAUGGUCAGCUGAUUGCCCAGGGCAUCAUCCCCCCUGUGGAGGACUUCCCCACAGAAAACCCUAAUGAGACCUCGUCUCUGUCUCUGAGAGGAAUCCUCCAGCUCCUCCGUCAGGACGCCGCCAACUCCCCACACCGCAGACGCAGACCCCGAUUCGUCCGCCGGGCUGUUCGCCGCAUGAGGAGGUGGGGUCUGAUCCCCAGACCUCCCUCAAGGCCGAGUCAGGCAUCCAGCUCCGGCCAGCAGCAGUCAGACGCCGCUCCCUCUGGACAGGAACCAGCUCACUCCACUCCCACCAGCUCCUCGUCGGCCGUGGAGGCGGUCAACCAGCCGGUGCCUCAGAAACUCGGCCUGCUGUCUCAGUCAGAGCAGCAGCAGCAGCAGCAGCAGCAGCAGCAGCAGGAAGCACCGCCUCCUCUUCUGCCGCUGCCUCUCCCGCCUGUCGCUUCCCCACCUCCACCUCCGUACGCUCCCCCAGCUCCAAGCCCGGUCACGCCCCAGACUCCUCCAGUCGCCGUCCCACCGAGCAGCCCCUCCCUGGCCUCCAUCUUCCACACGCUGGGCCUGAGCAUCUCCCUCUUCAGAGCCUCGCCCUCCUCCACCAACUCCAUGCCCCUCUCCGCCUCCCCCUCCUUCUCCUCCUCUUCCUCGUCCUCCUCAGACGACGACGUGCUGCUUAUCCCGCUGUCUGAAGACACCACAUCAGAGGAUGACGUGCCCAUGCUCACCUGAAUGACUCCCUGCUUCCUUUUAUCUCCUUUACUCACUGAUAAAAACUCAAACCCAGUCUUUCCACGUUUGUUUGAACUCGAGCACAGGCCACGGCGAGACUCACCCGCACUGUGCAAGUCUGGUGCCUUUUUGAAAAUUGCUUUGAGUUGUUGGAAUCAAGUAUUUUAGCUUUUCUUUUUUUUUUUAAAAAAAAAGACCUCCUUGAGAAAGUUUGAAAGCAUGGCUGACGUAUGUUUGAGAGUCGGUGAGUAUCGGACGUGCACUUACUUAACGCUAGGCUGCACAUUGAAGGUAAACUUUUUGCACAGAAGAAUCUUCCCUAUCCAGAAACUGAGGCAGGCUACUGUCAGAUUGAAUGAUUUAGUUUUUAGAUGGAAAAUAUUAUGUUGGUAUGACUGCAACUGUGUGAAUGCUUUUGCAUUUUAAAGGAAUAGUUCAGAUUUUUGUAAGUAAGGUUGUAUGAGGCACUCAUCCACAGUCAGUAUGUUACAUAAAGCAGAGGUCGGACAACACAAGUCCAAUUUGUAAAAAAAUCAAUAUCAGUUUAAAUUGAGCACUAAAUUGAGAGUAUUUUCACAUUUUUAUGCCAAAUUUACACUGGAUGCGGAAGUGCCCCCAUGUGUUAAUUGACACACAGCUUCCUGUCAGCAGUUGCCUGGCCUUCCACACCAGGAGCACAUUUCUUUAUGCUGUCAGCAGCAAAUUUCCCUCUCUGCUCCUUUCUAAUCACAUGGAGAACUCUGUCCCUGCUUGUUUGUGUGUCUCUGGCUGUGUGUCUGAGUGUGUGUGUGUGUCUGUUCAUCUCUCUCUCUCUGUUUAGACACGACUGACAAGCAUUGUGGAAGCACUGGAUGCAUGAUUUUCAGAUCAUGUGUAAUCUGAAAAUGCAAAAUUUGGAAAAUGGCCUAAUUCUAAAUAUUUAAACAGAUUAUGCUCUCUAUACAACUGAUCAAAUUCAUAAUAUUGUCAUUAUUUGAAUUUAAGGGGAAUAUUGGUUCACGUAUAACUGAAGCCAAUGUUAUUUCACUGGUUUUCUCAGGCUUUGAAGAGAGCAAUCUAACAGCUUGAUUUUCUCAUUGGAAGUCGCGUCUGACAUUAAGGUAAAGCUAUAUACACUUAGACUGAUUAAAAAGAAUAAAUUUUAGGUGGUCGCUGACCCCUCCACAGCAGGCAAUUGCUUAACUUGCAUGUCAGAUUCCUCCUUCAGUUUGAUGGGGUGCAGACUGUGUUAUACUGUCUAUGGACAAGUGCCUCAUACAACCGCACUUAAAAACUGAACUAUCCCCUUAAGUCUUACAUUGACAGUGGAGUAUGUUUGUAGAUGUGGAUUGUCUCCACAUACUUCUGCCACUUGCAUCGUGUUAUAUCAGAUAAUUCUACAAAAUAAUUCCCCCUAUUUAAGUGCCUUUUGAGGAGUUUCCUGCAGAUGGCUUGAGGAGAUUUUUUUUCCUGAGAUGCACACUGCACAUCACGGAGGCACACGUUUUCUUCACAUCAUAGCACGCACCGACACAUCAAUGGCUUUACUAUAACAUGGGGAAAACAUGCAUGUACUCUGCAAGCUGGCAAUAACUUUUUGGGACCCCUAUUUUAGUGCACACCCAACAUUUUGAGUACACACACACACAAAAGUGUACCCUCCCCAAAUGAAUGUAUGUAAUCUACAAAAAGCAAACGUGUCAAAAGACAAUCUCUUUGGUGCCUGAUUUUAGGAUGUGUAUGUGUGUGUAGUGUGCACGGAAAGAUGAGGCGCCCCCACCGGUGAUGAAAAGGGGCCCCUGAAUUCACAAAAAAAAAACCUCAACUUGAAUCUUUAACCCUUGAGGGGAAAUCGAUCAUUCUGUCACGUUUUGACACAGACUUGUGGUGUGCCAUUUGUAUUAUUGUACAUUUUCCUGUGUUUUUAUUUCAGCGAGUUACUUUUUUUUUUCUCUCUUCUUCAGUUGUUUUGCUUUGUUGAAUGUAUUAGGGUCGAUGUGGAGUAGGCGGAAGUUUUAAAUUUGCUAUGUUAUGAGGUAGAUAAGAGAGAAAGUGAUUUUAUGGUUUAUUAGGGUCAACUUCACUGUAUAUAAGUAAAAAUGUGGCUGAGAUUAAACAAUUUGCACUUUUA